CGCGACGCAACGCAAUGCUCUCCAGCGUCCGACCCAACUCCAACACGCCGAGAUGGAGUUCAUGUCGAGUUUGCAGAAUGGUUUGGAUGAGCUGAAACCCUCGCUCUUUGAGCUCCUUUCUGAAAACCAGCUUGCUUCUCUGCUUCCACCAUCUCUCCGCUAUCUCCUCGCUGUCUCCACGCAUCGAUACCCACGCUAUCUUCUGCCGGUCCUGAACUCCUUCGAUGAGGUCUACGCACUUCUUCUUCUGCUCGUUGAGCGGCACUUCCUACGCACAUACGGGGGCUCGUUCACAGAGAACUUCUACGGCCUCAAACGCGCGCGUGUGCUACGGACCAAGGGCGGAGAGAUCCCACGCGCCCAGCUCGGCGCCCCAGACUCAGUAAGGGAAGCAACACAGCUAAGAAACGGAGACGUGUGGCGGAAUUUGGCAGUUUUAGUAGGAUUGCCGUAUUUGAAAAGAAAGUUGGACGAAGGAUACGACAUCUAUGCCGCACAUUCGGACAUCCUAGGACCGGGCUACAGUCGGGAUCGCGAAGGUUUGCGACCAGGCGCGAGCAUCAAGGAACGUUUGCUAUUUUACUAUAAAUGGUUCCUGCGAAAAAUUUACCCCAGCGUGAACGCAGCGUAUUAUUUCUCGCUACUAGUGUUCAACAUGGCUUACCUCUUUGACGGCUCGAAAUACUCUUCCCCAUUUCUCUGGAUGAUCGGAACAAGGAUACGAAGGCUGGGUGAAGCAGAUUAUAAAGCCAUUGAGACGGCAACGCAAAAGGCUUCUGGAGUGGGGCCGGCGGGACCCGGGGAAGGAGGGAGCAUUUUCAGUCCAAGGAAUAUGGCUAGGAGUGUGUAUCCGCGGUUAUUAUCGAGUUUGAGGAUCUUGCUCCCGACGAGCAUCUUCGCGCUGAAGUUCUUGGAGUGGUGGUAUGCGUCCGAUUUCGCGAGACAGUUAUCAAAAAGAGCAGCGGAGAGCAUUGAACUCCCCCCACCCAUUCUGCCAAACCUCCCCACAUCCCCAAAGCAACCAUUAGAACCUCAGGAAAAACAGGGUCCCGCCGAUGCCCUGAAACGUCUAUCUUUAUCCUCAUCAGAAAAAGGGAGGAGAAUGGACCCACCUAUCUCCGCCUCCUCCCUUCUCCCUAUCCUCACAGUUCCGCAUCCUGCACCCGCUACAUCCCACCUAUGUCCCAUCUGUGCGCUCACCAUCACCACGCCCACCGCCUCCCCAACUGGUUUUGUCUACUGCUAUACGUGCAUACAUCGCUGGCUGGAGGGCACACACGAUCGUCAAAUUGCGUUUAUGGAGGGUGCGGCAGGUCUGAAACGACACGCUGGGGAUGGGGAUGUGGAUGAUGAUGAGGUAUGGGCCAAGGAAGAAGGAAGUCGCGAAGGCAGGUGGGAGAGCGGUAAGGGCCGGGAUGCUGUGACGGGACGGAAAGUACUUGGCGGAACAGAGGCGCUCAGACGGGUUGUGGUCUAAAAGGGUUUUUUUUGUAAGAUUAGGGCUUGGAUAAGGCGCAAUAUGAACGACACGGACAGACAACUGGGAGUCUAGGAGCACAAGAAAGUGUAUGCAGCCUGUCUGGUCAGUGGAUAAGAUAUGAUGCUUUCUACAGUCUCUCACCCUAGAACUAUAUAUAAUCUAGAAGUCAAC